GAUAUUUUCGAACUAUGUCAAAAUUUAUUCGGAAAUUUUGAAAUCAGUUCAAGACAUUUUUUGUAGCAAAUUCAGAUUUAAACUUUGCUCCUUAGGCUUUGCGAAGAAAAAUGCCGGUUUAUCGUAAUAAACUCAAAAACAGUUCAGAGUUACUUCUUGGUACUGUUCCCAAAUGAUUACUGAAUCAUUUAGAUUGUUUCGAAGCGUAUUUGAAAUAUUUAGCAAUUAGGCCUGGAAGACGUGUCCUCUGAGAAAACCUAAAUCAUGGGUUCGAUUUUAAUGGGGCAGGUACGCACUAUUUUCAAAGUGAUUCCGUGUUACUUGGAACUCGUAACUGCUUGCAGCGAGUUGUUGAAAAUAAUUUCCUACAGCCACAUUUUGUUCGGGUAAACACCACAAAUAUUAAGAUAAGCAGCAGUGUAAGUGUUGAAAAGAACACCAAAUAUGUUCUGGCCCGGACACAAGUAAGCAGGUAGAACAAACGCCCAGAAGUGAGUGACCAAGCCAAGCAGUUGUGGUCAUAAAGUAUAAGCCACUAAGCAAGCAUAAAGUGGCCACGAUGCUCAAUAAACUAAUUCAUACAUACAUAUAUACAUAUGUACGCAGAGCCACACACAUUUGCAUACAUUUCGUUUGCACAGCCAACUGCAAAUUCAAAUUCAGUCCAACUUUGUCGGUGUACCGCAAAAGUAAUAGUAGUUAGUCGUAAGAAAUAAGAGCCAAGAAAAACUGUGUAGAAACAAUUUGAAGUGUUAAGGAGUCUCCACCGUAAAAUUGUAGAGAAGUGUUGAGAGCUGUUAAACAAAUUGGCACAAAAAAGUUUUCAAAUAAAACCGAAAAGUUUACUUUUGAACUUGAGUCGAGUUGAGACGAGUCGAGUAUUUAAGGAUGUCAUUGAAGAGUUUCAUAAUUCUGCUAUACAUGCUAGCACUGGGUGAUGGCAGAGCGAGAAGCGUAAGUUUACGUUUUGAAAGAGAGAAGGAAAGUGCGAAAAUGGUGGCAGGACGCGGUGCUAAUGUGUCGUUUACGAGCUUUAAAGAGGCAGCAUUGAACAGAUCUUAUACAGCGAAUGUGCUUAGUAAUUUGGAGAGGUCCGUGGAGGUGUACGCAAGGCCAAGAUCCGUAAAUUUGGGAAACAAACGGGAAGAACCAGCCACUGCACGCAAGCCACCUCAUUCGAUUAUGUUAACCACACGUCCGACUACGCUCUUCACACCCGAACCGAAGCCUUUCAGCAUACUGAGUCAGUUGCAACUGGACGAAAUAAAUGAAGCUCAUGCGCAAAAGCAGAAUCAACCAGAACAAUUAAAGGCGCAGUCUUUUGCAAAAAAGAAGAAGAAGAAAAAGAAAAAGAAGAAAAGGAAAAACAAGAAUAAAAAGAAACCAAUUGGUGAAGACGCUACCGUACUACACUAUCAACUCACCACGAAGAAGCCACAUUAUUAUCACCACGCUGUUGUCGUGACAACAAAACCACCAAAGAAAAUCAAGUACAUUGUACGUAAAAAGAAUGUGUUAAAGAAGAAGAAGAAGGAAUAUCUCAAUCACUUGAAACAUGUACUCUACCCGUUCAUCAAGUUUAUCGCCUUCUUUACGGUACUCAAUCCAUUCACACUGAAAGUAUUUCUCUUUACGCUCAUUUCGCCAGUAGUUUUUGGAUUUUUAGGUUUUAUGUUGCUUAGUUUUAUGGUAAAACCGGCGCUUCACCUCAUUUUCGAUGUUAAAAAACGUGUGGAUGUCAUUAAGCGCAAGAAGUGGCGUGAGAAAAAACGACGUGAAAAGUGGCGGUACGGUCGACGUCCGAUCACAAUACAUAAACAUUACUAUAAGAAUGUGGUCGCGCCGCGUCCUCAUAAACCACAUCCGCCGCCACAUAUAUCGCAUCAUCCACCACCAUAUAUUGUACAUGAUCCACCACCGCAUCUAUCUCCCCACCCGCCACCGAGUUGGCCCGCGUGGUUGGGAUCGGAUAAAAUAGAUUUUAAGCCCAAACCGCAACUACAAAGUGCAAAGCCAAAACUCAGUUACAGACAUGAACAACGAAAACAUUUCAAACCGCCGAAUUUACGUCACAACCCUCUAUUGCCCGAGGUAGCAGAUGAAAUUGAGGAUUGGCCCUAUGGCCCUAAACUACAAUUUAAACCUUCACGCACGACCUUACCAAUGCAUUUCGGCUCAACAUCUUUAAAAAGCCCACAGCCUAGCGUAUCUGCAGAAUAUGAGGAUGCGCCAUUUUUAUAGUGAGAGAGUAAUAAGCAAUCGAAUUUGAUUUUCUAUUUUAAUAAAAAAAUAUUAAAUAAAUAACUAAUAUUAAGUACAAUUUAUAUACAAUGAAAUAAAGACUGCUCGAAAUUAAUUGAAGAUGUUCGUUCUAUCAUCUUCGUCGAAUCGUAGUUGAAAGAUAAUGAGAAAGAGUUAGGCUCAUUUUUCACUAAUAUCAAUUCGUUGGUAUAUUUUCGGUUUCUCAAAUUAAAUGGAGAAAGUUCAAGGUACAAAUAUUCCUCAUUGAAUCGUUCCCAUGAUUUAGUAAUUCUCGAUCGAUUUACGAAAAGACUGUUUACUGAAUUCGUAGGUUGCAAUGAGUCGGCCGCGGUGCCGAGUAGUUAUC